CGGAUGUAUGCCAGGUCGGACACGCGUAGAUUCCCAAUCGACAGCCCUUCAAGCAGCUCGUCUUGCCAUCUUUAGAUCCCCUGGCCUGUCUCUCAACCGCCAGCCAGUAUCCACCAGCAACCAACUCCAAAGGCACUGGUAUCGUUAGACCCAAAGCCCGCCAUCACAGAGACAUACACAUCAUGGCUCCCCUCACACCUGUGCACUUCUUCUCACAUGGCUCCACCAUGAUGCUGGGCGAGGAGUCGGAGGCGGCCGACUAUUGGAAAAAGGCCGGCGACGCGGCCCUCGCCAACAACAUCAAGGGCGUCGUCAUGAUGGGCGCCCACUGGGACGCGCUCGGCGAGGGCGUCGAAGUCGCCACGACGGUCAACCCGGGCAAGUCGCCCGUCGCCUACGUCCACCCGUCCAAGUACGCCGACUACAAGCUCGUGCCCGACAUCGAGGGCGCCCACAAGUGCAUCGCCCUCCUGCGCGCCGCGGGCAUCGAGGCCAACGAGAACCCAAACUUUGAGUGGAUCCACGACACCUACCUCAUCCUCAUCCGCAUGUUCCCCGCAGGUUGCCCGCCCACGGUGCUCAUCUCGAUGAACUUCCGCUUCGACCCCCACCUGCACAUGCGCGUCGGCGACGCCGUCCGCGACCUGCGCAAGGAGGGCUACCUCAUCAUCGGCUCCGGUGGCGCCGUUCACAACCUCUGGCGCAACCGCUGGCGCCCCAUGCUGCGCUACUCGGACAACUUUGCGCAGGAGGUCCCGCCGGAGCCCUGGGCCCUCGAGUUCCGCCAGUCGGUCGAGGACGUCAUGGCCAACAACUCGGGGCCCCAGCUGCGGAGGGCCAUGACGCGGCUCAUGAAGCACCCGCAGUACCGGGAUGCGCACGGCACCGACGACCACUUCAUGGCGGCCCUGUUCGUGGCGGGGGCGGCUGGUGACGAGGAGGAUACCGGGUCUUAUGGCGAGCUGAAGGCCGAGACGUGGGAGUUGACAAACAUGUGCAACAGCCAGUUUACCAUUGGCUCGUGGCCGAAGACGCUGGCUACGGCGGCGGCAUAGGCUUGCCGACUAGAUUUGGUUGUUUUGCUUUGCCUGUCGAUAGUGUAAUAUCCUAGCGCCUUGCUCAUCUUGACCCUGUCACAUUGACCUGUCACUGCAUGUUGUGUUCUAGCUGGAUGGCAUAAAGAGUUUUGCAUGCUUUGUUUCAUCAUUUGAGAGUCAAGGUCCAUCCUGUAAUCAAUGAUGAAUGUGCAAAAGAUUGGGGAUGAGACAUGAUAACUAGACC